AUGGCAACCUCCACCGCGGCGAGAGUUGGACUUCGCUCAUCAUCAAGCCAUAAAAUGGGAAAUGCGCCCACAGCUCUUUCGGAGACAUCUUGCCUAAACCAAACUCUCGCUUUGAGUGAUGGUCGCACCCUUGGUUACGCUGAAUAUGGAAAUCCCCGGGACUAUCCGAUUUUCUACUUCCACGGCUAUCCAUCUUCGCGCCUAGAAGGCUGGGGUUUUGGGAAUUCACCGCAGCGCCAUGGAUAUCGCCUCAUCGUCCCCGAUCGACCUGGAUUUGGACUAUCCAGUUACCAACCCAGACGUGAGAUCUUGGACUGGCCGGCUGAUGUGCAAACUCUCGCCACGCAUUUGGGGUUGAAACGAUUCGCAGUUCUAGGUUGUUCCGGGGGCGGUCCAUACGCAAUCGCAUGCGCUCAUUUACUCCCUCCUCAUAUGAUAUCUGGCGUGGCAUUCUUGGCUGGAUCGCCUCCAUGGAUAGCAGGAACAAAAGAUGUGACCGUGAGCAGGAAACUUUUAUCCCGUGCGGCUAUCUAUUGCCCAGGAAUACUGGAAAUACUGUUGAAUCGACUUUUCAUUGCCCUUCGAUGGAUCCUGGAGUCUGGCCCACUCACAAGAUGGCUUGAUAACUGGAUAGAUGGAAUGAAACGUGACAAAGUCAAGAAUUCGGAUGAACAGCAAAGUGAAAAAAACGAAGAGCUGCCGACAGCAGAGGCUAGAAGACGCGUGUUGAGUACAUCAUUCGAAGCCUUUGCGCAAGGAUCUAAGGCAGCUGUUCAGGAAGCUCGUUUAUUGUCUCAGGAUUGGGGGUUCAAAUUUGAAGAUGUGUCUUAUAGCGGGAUUCGCAUUUGGCAUGGCACUAAAGAUACAAAUGCACCGAUCGGUAUGGUGCGUUACAUGGCCAAGCGACUUCCACAACCCGCUUUUCACGAGCUUGAAGAAAAUCAUUACACAAUGGGCCAUCACCUCGAGAAAGCGAUCACCGAUUUGAUGGACAAUGAAAUCGAAAAGAUGACUGGAAACGAAGCGACUUGCCAAAUGUGA